UGGAAACAGCUGUUCGCGUACCCACGAUACAUACUAACCUAACUAUACACAAUUUGUUUGACAAUUUCCGUGCUAUCAUUCGAAUUAACCUAUACGUGAAAUAAAUAAGUGUAUACAUAGUUUUUGUACUUUUGUUAAUAAACCAUGGGAAAAACAUCGAAAGAUAAACGGGAUAUAUACUAUCGUCGAGCGAAAGAAGAAGGCUGGAGGGCAAGGAGCGCCUUUAAGUUACUCCAAAUAGACAAUGAAUGUCACAUCUUGGAUGGAGUGAACAAAGCGGUAGAUUUGUGUGCGGCGCCUGGUAGCUGGAGUCAAGUUUUAUCCCGUAGAUUAAAUGAAAACUAUAAAGAGGCUUCCAAGAUGGGAAACGCAACACCUCCAAAAAUAGUUGCCGUUGAUUUGCAAGCUAUGGCACCGUUAGAAGGAGUAAUACAACUCCAGGGGGAUAUUACUAAUGCUAAUACAGCAGAGCAAAUUAUAGCUCACUUUAACCACGAGCAAGCAGAUUUAGUAGUUUGUGAUGGGGCACCGGAUGUUACAGGUCUUCACGAUAUGGAUAUUUACAUUCAGUCGCAACUACUACUAGCUGCUUUGAACAUUACUACCUACAUACUGAGAGAAGGAGGCACAUUUGUGGCAAAAAUAUUUCGUGCCAAGGAUGUAUCGCUGCUCUACUCUCAACUAAAGAUAUUUUUCCCUUAUGUUUAUUGCACGAAACCAAGCAGCUCGCGUAACUCGAGUAUAGAAGCAUUCGUAGUGUGCAAACAAUACUCGCCUCCCAAGGGAUACACACCUCACAUGUUGAAUCCUCUCUUAACGCACGAGCAAUGUGAUUUCCGUAAUCUCACCGGAGCUAAUAGGGUCAUUGUUCCAUUUGUCGUCUGCGGUGAUCUCACUCAGCCCGAUUCUGACACGUGUUACCCCCUUGACUACGAGGGAAAGGAGUACAAAUAUCAGGCACCGGUGCAGACACCAAUCGCGCCACCGUACGAGGAAGCGCUGUCUUUGCUCGGAAACCGGGAUACUGAUUACAGAAAAGCUAACGUUAGCGUAGUUAUAGACAACCUAAAAUCAAUGUCCAUAUUAGAUUUCAAAAAUCAAGCAAAGCAGAAACGUAAUGAUAUAAAUGAAAAAAAAAUAGUAGCAAUAGAUACCAAGCAGAACAGGGAAGAUUUAUUACAAUUUACGGAAUUAGCAACUAUUAAAUUGUAUGAUAAUGAAAAUGCCGAUGAUAUUGCGUAAAACUUUGCGCGUCGUAUCGUAUUAUACGAUCUGUUUGAUAUUCGUUAAUAAAAAAGAAGAAAAAAAAAACACCUAUAAUUUUAUUGUUGUUAUGAAUAAAGUACUGUUUCCUUUCCUUUCCUUCCUUUUAAUUUUUUUUUUUU